AUGGAGGAGAAGUACCUGCCCGAGCUGAUGGCGGAGAAGGACUCCCUGGACCCCUCGUUCACGCACGCUCUGCGGCUGGUGAACCAAGAAAUAGAAAAGUUUCAAAAAGGAGAAGGAAAAGACGAAGAAAAGUACAUUGAUGUGGUGAUUAAUAAGAACAUGAAGCUGGGACAGAAAGUGCUAAUUCCUGUAAAACAGUUCCCUAAGUUCAACUUCGUGGGGAAGCUUUUGGGUCCACGUGGCAAUUCUCUGAAGCGUUUACAAGAAGAAACCUUGACAAAAAUGUCCAUCCUUGGAAAAGGUUCCAUGAGAGAUAAGGCAAAGGAAGAAGAGCUGAGGAAAAGCGGAGAAGCCAAGUACUUCCACCUCAAUGAUGACCUGCACGUCCUCAUUGAGGUCUUCGCCCCGCCUGCAGAGGCCUAUGCCCGGAUGGGACACGCCCUGGAGGAGAUCAAGAAGUUCCUCAUUCCCGAUUACAACGAUGAAAUCCGGCAAGCGCAGCUCCAGGAAUUAACGUAUUUGAACGGUGGCUCAGAAAACGCAGACGCCCCGGUCGUCCGGGGCAAAUCCACCUUGCGUACGAGAGGUGCGGCAACCCCAGCGACAACCAGGGGGAGGGGAAGUGUCACAGCCCGGCCAGUUGGAAUUGUGGUGCCGCGAGGGGCGGCAUCUUCCAGAGGGGUCCUGUCCACCCGAGGACCAGUGAGUCGGGGAAGAGGGCUUCUCACUCCCAGAGCAAGAGGAGUCCCCCCAACUGGAUACAGACCUCCACCGCCACCCCCAACACAAGAGACCUAUGGAGAUUACGACUACGAUGACGGGUAUGGCCCUGCUUACGAUGACCAGAGUUACGAUUCCUAUGACAGCAGCUAUAGCACCCCAGCCCAAAGUGGGGCCGGUUACUACGACUAUGGACACGGGCUCGGGGCCGAGACGUACGACUCCUACGGGCAAGAAGAGUGGACUAACUCAAGGCCCAAGGCACCGCCCGCGAGGACAGCGAAAGGCGUCUACAGAGACCAGCCCUAUGGCCGAUACUGAUUGUACUGUCUGAUGUUGUGAAAUAGCCAAUCUCCACCAGUCCUGUAUACUGUUCAAAGUAAUUUUUUUCUACGAACAAUCCCUUUUUAAAUAAAUCAAAAUGCUUAAAAUCUGAAUGGAUGGACCUUAAAACUACUUUGUGGAAACAUCAAC